AUGAAUUUACUUAUAAUAUUACUUAAUAUUAUAAUAUUUUACUUCCAAUUAGGAAGUUGUUUUAGAAAACAAGGGGUUGCUGUAAAAGGACGAUUACUAUGUAAUGGAAAACCAGCCAUUAAUGAAAUUGUCAAAAUUUUUGAUUUGGAUAGAAAUCCUGGAGAUGAUGAUGAUUUAUUAGAUGAAAAAUUAACUAAUAAAAAUGGAGAAUUUAUGUUAAAUGGUUUUACUAGAGAAUUGACUACUAUUGAACCAGAAUUGAGAAUUUAUUUUGAUUGUAAUGACUUUGAUAGACCUUGUAUGAGAAUGGUGACAGUUCCUGUACCAAGUAAAUAUAUACAUAAUGGAAAAGUUUCUGAAUGGUAUGAUAUUGGGCAACUAGAUUUAUUUUAUAAAAUUCAAGGAGAGUCUAGAAGUUGUCAAUAUUAA